CAUAAAAAAACGAGAGGUAAAUCACACAGAGAACCAUCAGCAAUGGCGAAGAUUUCUAGUAGCACCGUCGUUCUCCUGGUGUUUCUCGUCUCGUCGUGGGGGGCAUUGCCGGUGUUGUCCCGUGGAGGGAUGGAGGAUGGAGGAGGCGGUAUCGGUGCUAAUAUUGGGCUUCAAAAGUCUAUCGGUGCUAAUGUUGGUGUUGGUGCGAAUGGAGGCGCCGGUGCUGGUGCUGGUGCUGGCAUUGGAGCAAAUGUAGGUGUUGGAGCAAAUAUAGGUGCCAAUGCUGGUCUUGGUGCCGGUGCAAAUGGAAACGGUGGUGCUGGUCUUGGUGUCGGUGCACAUAAAUCUAUUGGUGCUAAUGUUGGUGUUGGUGCGAAUGGAGGCGCUGGUGCUGGUGCCGGUGCUGGUGUUGGUGCUGGCCUUGGAGCAAAUGUAGGUAUUGGAGCAAAUGUAGGUGCCAAUGCCGGUCUUGGUGCCGGUGCCGGUGCACAUAAAGGUAUUGGUGCUGGUGUUGGUGCUGGCCUUGGAGCAAAUGUAGGUAUUGGAGCAAACGUAGGUGCCAAUGCUGGUCUUGGUGGCGGUGCCGGUGCAAACGGUGGUGCUGGUGCUGGUGCUGGCCUUGGAGCAAAUGUAGGCAUUGGAGCAAAUGUAGGUGCCAAUGCCGGUCUUGGUGUCGGUGCACAUAAAGGUAUUGGUGCUGGUGUUGGCAAAUGAUGGAAGCCGAAAACAAAUAAGUCAACUAAAGGUGGCGUCGAUUCUAGCUACGAAGAGAAGGAAACCGAAGCAAGUCAAUCAACUAAAGAUGAGACCGGUUUUGACUACGUUUCAAAGAACAAGGAACUUUAGAGAGCCAUUACAUGAUUUAGCAUGAUAUUUACUCAUUGUCAUUUCUUUUUUACUUUGUUACAUUCUUUUCAAGAUUCUACGUAAUAUAUACUAGCAAAGCGUCAUGCUGAGUCAUGCCUCACAUUGGAGGGUGCAAAUAUCCUACCAAUUAGAGAUAUGUCCUAGAGACAAUUCUAGAGACAAGAUUAUAUAAUGUUGUAUCCAUGAGUUAUGAAAUGUUCCUUGAAUAAUUUUUUUAUAUUGA